AUGGCGGAAUCACCAGGCUCACCCCUUUCUUCGCUAGCAUCGGAGGAAUUCACCGAGGAUUUGCAGUUCGAAGACCGGGCUCAAUCCCCUCCGCUACCCCAUGCGCCUCCCCCGAAGCGACGCAAGACAGGAAUAGCAUCCUGGGACCAUCAUACCCCCAUGUCCUCCAUACACGACGAAAUACCUCCCUCGCCUUCCGCGUCCAUUUCCUCCGAUAGUUCGAAUGAACUCCCAGAAGCCUCCAGCCUCCUAUCGCUGAUCGGCGGCGGUCUUGAUGAUGACUAUAGCGGUAUUGGCAAAGAUCAAGUCACCGUGUGCCGGUGGGAAGGGUGCAAUGUGCGAAAUUUGGCACACAUGGAUGCUCUAGUCAAACAUAUACACAACACGCAUAUUUUAUCCAAGCAGAAGAGAUAUCUCUGCGAAUGGAAAGACUGCCCACGAAAAGGCCAAUCGCAUGCCAGCGGCUAUGCGCUCCGAGCACAUAUGAGAAGUCACACCAAAGAAAAGCCGUUCUAUUGCAACCUACCUGAAGAAUGCGACCGCAGCUUUACCCGAUCAGACGCCCUGACAAAACAUAUGAGAACAGUCCAUGAAACGGAAGCGCUGAGGCUUGUCGACAACAUGGCCAAAUCCAACGCCCUAUCGGGGUCGCCGGGACAGCCCUCGAAUAAACCACCCCGACUAAAGCUCAAAUUAUCCCAGUUUUCCAAAGAAGUCGGCCAUGAAAGCGAAAAGAAUGACAAAGGCGGUGAUUUCAGAGAAAAGGAAUCGCUAUUAAAUCGCUUUGAUACUGGAUUUGGGUUCGACGGCCAUGAACUGUCUUUACCUCCGCAUCAGCUAUAUGCUCUGUUGCACAGGCAGGUCUAUUGGGCCGAGCAAGAGUCAAGGCGACUGGAAUCGGAGUGGCAGGUGAUCAAGCGCCGAAGGAAAGAAGUGUGGCGAGAGAAGGAGUCGAUUUUUGAAGAUGUGAUCUACGCUGAGCUGAAGGUAUUCAAAUCAGCUUUGACUGCUGAAGAUUUGGCGCUUCAGGCCGUAUAA